GCAGACCUCAGAGCAUUCACUGCCUAGCGCAAGGAGACCAACCUCACAAGGCAAUCCAGAAGAGGCUUCAAGAUGUUUUGCAAGGACAGACUUGUGGCAUCUGCUGUACUGGUCAUUUUGCUGUUCGCCACCAUGACAGAACCUGCCACUGCGGCAAAAGGCAAGAACAACAGAAGGAAGGGGGAACAUAUGCGCUUAAGGAGGACCACAAAGUACACGCUGGAGCUGGGAAGCUUAAAGCUGCUCGCCGACUUCCCAACACACAGCAGGCACUUCCAUGAUGCUUCCUUCAGGAACCGCUCUCUGUCCCCUUGGAUUUACAAGGAGGACUCUGACGCCAAUCGCUACCCUUCUUCCAUCUUUAAGGCAGAGUGUGUGAGCACACAUUGCCUCAACAGUCGAGGUUUCCUGGAUCCAGGUCUGAACACUCGUCUAGUCAAGCAGGAGAUGCUCGUCCUCAGGAAGAAGAAGACACCUGGUGACAAGAUUACUUUCCAUGUGGAGAAACUCUUGGUCCCUGUCGCUUGUGUCUGUGUUCGCCCAGACAUUCUGGGUGCCUGAGGGAGCCAGCUGUAGAUGCGUCAAAGGAUAAAGUCAUGUUAAGCCAAGUCCAAAUCAAUUAGUAGCACGUCCUUUAGCAUGUUAAACUAGAACCACAGUGAGGAAGGCAGUAUUUGAAUCGGAAGCCAGCCAAAAGUAUUGCUUUAAAGCACCCACUCCUCUGCCAGUCCCAGGGUAACAGGAGGCACCAUCACCUCAGCAUUUAAAUGACCACCAACCAUCCUUUGUGUGAGUAGAACCCCACCCAGGAGAUCCAGGAGCCUGUGUGGUUAGGAUUUGGGACAUCACAAAGAGCUUGGACGUCCCUUCCCUGUGCGGUCAGGAAAUGCUGUGAAAACCCCAAGUUCUCCCAAGGUAUAAAUCAAAUGGUUUCAAGUCCUCUUUGUAGCAAGCUGCCAGUCAAAAAACAUGAUGAACACCUGUACCUCCCCCCUCACUCCCUCCGCUUCUCACUCCUAAAUGACUGCCGUAGGUAUCAAUCGUGCAACAAACAGACAGGGAAAAUUACAGCAGGCUAUUCAGCCCUUCCACCCUACCCCACCAUUUAACAUGGUCAUGGCUGACUCUCAGUCUCAAUACCACCUUCCCCGCCCCUUGAUCUCCCUCAGUCUCCCAAUCUCCACCAUAAUCCCUGGCGUUGCCUGAACCUUGCCUCAGGAAGAGCCUGGUGGCUCCUGUCAUGUUGCUGGGCAGGAACACCUUUCUCCCUGUGGAAUGGCUCUGCUCCAGAUGGACUCACGCCCAGCCCCUUUCACCAGAUACCAAUUUCAGUCACACUGGGUGCCUGGGAUCUUGCCAUGUACAGCCUAUUGUAGGUACCAGUCUCAGAAGUCUAGAUCUCUGGCAGUUGGGUCAUGCGCAUUGGACUCGGGACUGGGUCGUUCCCUCAAGAGUGCAGACUAUACACAGCAGGUAUGUGUUGGAGCAAGUCAAUCCUCGCUCUCCAACACCACAGCGUCACACGUCAUUUGGUGCUGCUGUGCCCUGGUGUAAGAAUGACAAGCAACAUUCUGCAAAUGAAACUCAAGGCAGAGGUACACUGGAAUUUCCACACACUCUCCAUGGGUCAGUGUUGCAUCGAAGUGUUUGCUUCGGUUAUUCUGUUUAUGGCUGUGCCUUGGAAUCUCCCAGUAACUAGACCGGGUCUGUGAAUUCACACAGAACAAUUUCAAUGCAGCAUAUUCUGAUCAUUUGCUCCCUCUGCCUUUCUCCUCCUUGGUCUUCCAGCUGGGCCAGGGAACACAAUGGCCUUAAGAUUCCAGCACUCCCUGUACUGCAAUAGAAGUCACAACCCAUCAGUUGCUUGCCGGCAAAUGCAGUCAACUGAAUGUUCGCUUAGCAAGGCUUUGUUUUUUGCACCGUUUUACUGGUACUUUAGACUGAAAGGCGACUCUUGCCCAGAUCAGUGAGACAGUAUAAUCUAAAGGCCUGAUAACUGUAAGCCAAGAUCGAGUGCAUCACACCAGCGAUAGAGCCAGCUGUUGUCCAGCGCUGACUUGGUACCAGCUGGAGUUGGGUACAUUGGUCAAAGACAUCAGCCCCAAGUCUGAGCUGACACAAUCCUGGCUCAUAUCUGCUGAUCAAUGUGGCCUGCACUCUCCGAUGUAUCAGGGUGGGGAGCCAAGCAGGGUAGGGAAAACCUGAAGCAGGCCACUCGUGAUCUGGGAAAGUGAAGCAAAGAGAAGUAUGAGAAUGUAUUAAUUAUUAAUUUAUUAAGUUAUUUUUAAUAUUUAUAUAUAAUG